CUCACCGCUGCUGAAGAAGCUCUACUGUCAGAUCGCCAAGACAUGCCCCAUCCAGAUCAAAGUGUCCACGCCGCCCCCGCCAGGCACCAUCAUCCGGGCCAUGCCUGUCUACAAGAAGGCAGAGCACGUGACAGAGGUGGUGAAGCGCUGCCCCAACCAUGAGCUGGGACGUGACUUUAAUGAUGGCCAGUCUGCUCCAGCCAGCCACUUGAUCCGGGUGGAAGGCAACAAUCUCUCUCAGUACGUGGAUGACCCUGUCACCGGAAGGCAGAGUGUAAUGGUGCCAUAUGAGCCACCACAGGUUGGGACUGAGUUCACCACCAUUCUGUACAAUUUCAUGUGCAACAGCAGCUGUGUGGGAGGGAUGAACAGGCGACCCAUCCUCAUCAUUAUAACCCUGGAGACAAGAGAUGGCCAAGUAUUGGGGAGGAGAUCGUUCGAAGGGCGGAUCUGCGCCUGUCCCGGCCGAGAUCGGAAAGCCGACGAAGAUCAUUACCGAGAGCAACAAGCCCUGAACGAAAAUGCAGCUAAAAAUGGCAACGUCAACAAGCGCACUUUCAAGCAGAGCCCCCAGGGGAUUCCAGCACUAGGGGCUGGCAUUAAGAAAAGGCGGCAUGGGGAAGAGGAAAUGUAUUAUGUCCCAGUUCGUGGCCGGGAGAACUUUGAGAUCCUCAUGAAGAUAAAGGAAAGUCUGGAGCUAGUGGAGUUAGUUCCACAGCAGCUAGUCGACUCCUAUCGGCAACAGCAGCAGCAGCUCCUGCAGAGACAGAGUCACCUGCAGUCCCCUUCUUCCUACGGGCCUGUCCUUUCGCCAAUGAACAAAGUACAUGGAGGAGGGAUCAACAAACUGCCGUCUGUCAACCAGUUGGUGGGGCAGCCACCGCAACACAACUCCAGCUCUGGGCCCAAUCUGGGCCCCAUGGGACCUGGAAUGCUGAACAGCCACCCCAUGCAAUCCAAUGGAGACAUGAAUGGAGGCCACUCCUCCCAGUCCAUGGUCUCAGGUUCACACUGCACUCCUCCUCCACCUUACAACCCUGACCCCAGCCUUGUCAGUUUUUUAACAGGCUUGGGGUGUCCAAACUGCAUCGACUAUUUCACCUCACAAGGGUUACAGAAUAUUUACCACCUGCAGAAUCUAACCAUAGAGGAUCUCGGAGCACUGAAGAUCCCAGAGCAGUACAGGAUGAUUAUCUGGAGAGGCCUUCAGGAACUCAAACAGAGCCAUGACUAUGGUGCCCAGCAGCUUAUCCGCUCCAGCAGUAACGCCGCCACCAUUUCCAUUGGCAGUUCUGGGGAGCUGCAACGGCAGCGUGUCAUGGAGGCGGUGCAUUUCCGAGUGCGUCACACCAUCACUAUCCCUAACCGCAGCGGGGCUGAUGAGUGGGCGGACUUUGGCUUUGACCUCCCAGACUGCAAAUCCCGCAAACAGUCCAUAAAAGAAGAGUUCACAGAGGGCGAGAUCAACUGAAGGUCUCCAGUAGUGCGGCAGCAAGAGACCAGACACAGAGAUUUAAAGGAACAGGGAAAAAUAUAGAAUCCCAGCAUGAAAAAUGGAAAAACAUUUCCAGCUUUGAGUGUCUGAAGAAAUAUUUUUUAACGUGGCUUUACUCAAGAGAUGGGAACUCAAAGCUGUGUGAGAACAUGGGUCUGGGACCAUCCCCUGGAGGAAAAUUCCAAUGGUUUUAUGACAGGGGAGGAAAAAGGGCAGCUGACACAAAUCUCUCAAUAGGUUGUAGAGUUUUUUUAGCCUUGUGUGGCAGGGGAAUAUUCAUUUGCCAAUGUACAGUGCAACUUUACAAUUUGCUGGACCAUUUUUGCAUCAAACUCUAUUGCAAUGUAAAGGCAAAAUACACACAUUUUUCUUUGGUUAACUCUAGCCUGCCCCACAUUCCACCCUAUCCUCGCUGUCUGCUAAGGGACAGCUGAAUAAUAAAAGACCUUUGUCUUGUGAAAAAGUGGUUUAACCCUCAACUGUUCCACUUGCUUAGGGACAUCUGCCAUUGACUGAUACCCAAGAACAAAAGGACUAGCUUUCCUGAUGGACUGCCAAAAAGUAUUUCUUUUCUUUUUUGUAGAGCAGAAAAGCAACUUAUUUGCCGAUUCCAGGCUGCAUGCAUGUAUCUAAAUGAUAUUUGUGUAUAUAGACACAUGCUGUAUAUACAGUAUAUUCACCGUGCUGUAAGGAUAGAGAGAUUUAUUUUCAUGAACCUGUAUGCUAUAAAAAUAUUGAUAAUUUCCCCUAAAUAAGACACUACUGUGUCAUAAUUAAAUUAACUUCAUGCUCUAGCAUGUAAACAUGCAAAAACCUGAUAUAUUUCAAGCCUUACUUGUAAAAAAAUUAAUUUUUUCCCAUGUGGAUUUUUAAUACAAUUCUGGAGAGACAAAUCCAUGGACCCCACUGCUACGAAUUAGAGGAUUCUGUAUAAUUAAUUACAGUUAUUCACCCAAAAGUUCAAAGUUCCUGAUAUUGCCAGAACUCAGAUUUUUUGUAGCACACCAUUAAUUUUACCUUAACCAUUAACCCGUAUGUGUAAAAAAAAAAUAAAAUUUGGAUUUCCCAGACUGUUGAUAAUCAUCCCCAUCUGGUAAAAUGAUUAUAUUUUCCACAUCAAUGAGUGGAAAUGGUUUCUUCCUUCCCUACAGUCCCUGUGGAUAGGUGUUUUGUUGAUUUUCUUCAAGCCUUUUGUUUGUCUGCUGGUUGAACUUAAAAACUCAGCAGGAAACAGGCAAGCAUGCAGCUGUAUUCAUCUCCAGGUCCUGUGCAAGUCAGCUGGAAACUCUCUGGGUGAGAUUCUGAGAGACACCUCUAAGAGGCACAGCACAGUCAGAAGAGGGGCUAUGGUGGCUUUAAGCCAACUUCGUACCCUCCCAGGCCUGGGCUACUAUCCAGCCCCAUAGUUUAGACAGCCCUGGAGAUCUAAAUUAUGGCAGCUUGGGGCUUUCAUGCUGUCUGGAAUCUCCACAACACUGCAGUCCUGCCUUUGGCAUACUCCCUACGCUGGGGCUUGCAAGGGGAUUCCUCCCUGGCCUGGUAAGGUUUUUAAGAGUUCCUUUAUGCUGCUCAGGGCCUUUUACCGGGCAUAAAGGGGGUGGGGGGGAGGGCGCAGAGGUAGGAUUUCACCUAUGAGCAAGUACAGCGUUCACCUCUUAAGAGCUGCUUCUCCUCUCAAGCAGGAUGGUCACUGUCCUCAGUCUUAGCAGAGGGAGGGCCACAGAGAAACUGAGCUGUACCUCUGCAAGUGCCAGCACAGUAGCACAAGUGUACUUGUCCCUUCCCCAUUUCUACGCAGAUUCCCCCUUCGCCGCUGGCAGCUCAGGAGCUUCGGAAGGCAGGAAACCACUGCUCUGCUCCUUGUGAAUUACCAGCUCCAUUUCCACUGGCUUUUAUCCCAGCCCACCAACCCACCAUAUUUGAAAGCUGUACACUUGUGCACACUGUACUUUUUAGGGAUUAGCACUUCAGGGUGUUGCUGAGCUGUGAACAUGCGCUGUUUAAGUAGUAGUGAAUUAAAGCACUUUAAUGCUUUAAGAUUUUUUAAAUAAUCAUUCAUGUUUUCAAUGUUAACUAAUGCUUUUUCCAGCAGUAUUACUGGAUAUAUUCCAACUCUAUUAAUUGUAUUUUUUGUAAUGUUAUCUUUUGGAAAAUGUGUUAUUUUUAUAGCUGUGGUUUGUUUGUUUUUUGUAACACAAUAAAACACACGUCUGAAAUACAGUGGCUCUGAUAGAAAAGCAACUCCUGACUAGAUGGCCCAGGAGAUGAUCUGAUAGUACUAAUGAUCUACAACUUGGAGAGUUACCUUCUGCCUUUCAGAAUUGGCCCGAAGUUUGAGCAGGAAAUGGGAAGCUCGCUGUUGCAACUCAGUGAGUAGUGUGAAGAUACAAACGAGCAAAAGCACAAAAGUACUUACCCAAGCCAAAGUAAAAUUAAGAUAGGCUUUGAGUGCACUGAGAAAAUUGCUUGCAGGAUCCUAUCAUUCAAAACAAGACAUGGCCUUCAUCUGUGACUGGGGAGCAGCUGUGCAUGAAUCUUGGUCAGUGCAUACAAAAAGUCUACCUCAUUUCUACAAGCUUUCAGGACACUGGUGCUACUUUCUGCAACAUAUGAGCAGAGACAAUCUGAGGUCAUACUUAAGGAAGUUACAUUUAGGAAAGUGUAAGUUUUAGAAGAACUAUGGCUGGAUCAAAUAUUCACGUCAAAAAGAAAAAACCCCAACAAAAGAAAAACAUUCGCUUUCAUUUAAUAAGUGGCUAUCUUGAUUUAAUGGAAUUUUGGGGAAGAGGGUUAUAUAUAAACUAUCUUUCAAUAAAUGGCCAGAAAAUAUACCACAAAUCUGACAGUAUGUCAUUAAAACACAGCUUUCUUCGGGUUUCAAAAAAAAAAAAAGUGACUGUUAAAAAACCAUAUCCACAAGAGAACUGAGCUUAGUUAUAAAUAUCACAGCUAUUCCUAGUUUUAGUAAUAUAUACUGUAUAUAUAUAUAAGAAUUGGAAAUUGACAGAGUUAAGAAAUAUUUUCAGGAAGAGAAAAUGUAACGUAUAGUUGCUCACACAUUCAAUGCAAGAAUGUUAUUUUAAUACAAUUAAAAAAACCCUUUUUUUAAAUCUUGAAAACCAGGGUAUGAGAAAUACAAACAAGAAUACAAAAGUCAAAUAUAUAAAUUUCAAUAUGCUCAACAUAAGAAUAAAAAGUUACAAAUAACCUGGUUUAAAGCAGACUUGCCUGUUAGGGAAGGCACUAUCUUUUUCUGUGAUGUGUAAUCCAAAUCUGGCAGACUGUAAAAAGCAUGUAUUUCAUAUUGCCUUCCCCCACUCAGGGAAAACAGGUAUUAUUUAAUUUCCCUAUUGAAGAAACACAAACAUGAAUUUGGAUUCAAGCAAGGAAAACAAAACUGCUGACAGAUCAUACUCUCUUUGUUGCAUCUAAGUGACGUUUCUUCGUAACGGAUGUUGUAUGGUGCUACUGUAUAGAGAUUCACAAUUUUAUUCUAAAAUAAACCUUUAUUUUUUAACAGUGAUGCAGUGUUCAUAGAGAAAUGCCCAAGUGUAUGGUUUGCUCUGUGAAACAGUCCAAUUCAUAGCAUGCCUUCCAAGUUUCUUUCAUUACACUCUAGAGCCAGGUUGGUAAGAAGUCUCCCUGCCUGUUCAUUUUCAAAAAGUUAGAUGCUCACAACUUCCCAGCAAUGUUAUUUCAAAACCACAGCAAUGAAUUAAGAACAACGUGGACAGUUCUAUAGAUGGGGGAUUCAGAAUAGGGGUAUUUAGUACACAAAUCACAUUCCUGCAUAUACUAAUGAGAUGUACCGUAUGGACCAAAUGGAUGCUCUCAUUUUGAACACCAUGGUUGCACCUCAUUUUCAAGCUGCCAUUAAAGAUGUUCAUUGCACAGUCUUCACUACAACAGCUGGUUGUCAGUACAUCGUUGUCAUAUCAUGAUUAGUGUCUGGGAAAUCCACUAUCAGGAAACCAGUAUUCCAGAACCUGAAACUAACUCCUU